CGCUUGAGAGCAUAAGCAAAACCCCAUUUAGCUAAUUUUGUAGUCAAAUUAUGGGGUCUUCAAUGGCCUCUCUUUUGGCCACUCUUUUAGUGGCAAUAAUCUCUCUUACCCUCCCUUUUGAAACCAUUGCUGAUGAUCACUAUCUUUACUCUUCUCCUCCACCACCUAAGAAGCCUUACCACUACAAAUCUCCACCUCCUCCACCCGAGAAGCCUUAUCACUACAAAUCUCCACCUCCUCCACCCUACCACUAUAAAUCUCCACCUCCCCCACCCAAGAAGCCUUACCACUACAAAUCUCCACCUCCUCCACCCUACCACUACAAAUCUCCACCUCCCCCACCCAAGAAGCCUUACCACUACAAAUCUCCACCUCCGCCACCGAAGAAGCCUUACCACUACAAAUCUCCACCUCCGCCACCCAAGAAGCCUUACCACUACAAAUCUCCACCUCCUCCACCCAAGAAGCCUUACCACUACAAAUCUCCACCUCCCCCACCCAAGAAGCCUUACCACUACAAAUCUCCACCUCCUCCACCCAAGAAGCCUUACCACUACAAAUCUCCACCUCCCCCACCCAAGAAGCCUUACCACUACAAAUCUCCACCUCCCCCACCCAAGAAGCCUUACCACUACAAAUCUCCACCUCCCCCACCCUACCACUACAAAUCUCCACCUCCUCCACCCAAGAAGCCUUACCACUACAAAUCUCCACCUCCACCACCCUACCACUACAAAUCUCCACCUCCCCCACCAAAGAAGCCUUACCACUACAAAUCUCCACCUCCACCACCCUAUCACUACAAAUCUCCACCUCCCCCACCCAAGAAGCCUUACCACUACAAAUCUCCACCUCCCCCACCCAAGAAGCCUUACCACUACAAAUCUCCACCUCCACCACCCUAUCACUACAAAUCUCCACCUCCCCCACCCAAGAAGCCUUACCACUACAAAUCUCCACCUCCACCACCCUACCACUACAAAUCUCCACCUCCCCCACCCAAGAAGCCUUACCACUACAAGUCCCCUCCACCCCCACCGCCAGUUCACAAGUGUCCUCCUCCACCGGUAUACAAGUCACCACCACCACCCGAAAAGCCAUACAAGUACAAGUCUCCUCCACCACCUCCUCCUCAUUACAUCUACGCUUCACCCCCUCCUCCACACCACUACUAGAAGGCGCGCCUUUGAUAUCUAUCUUCCUUUUCAGGAGAAAAUAUCAAAAUAAGGAAGGCAUAGCUGAAGAGCUAGCUCGAUCUAUAGUGUGCAAGAAAUUAAGCGAGUUUCCGCGUUUGUUUUUAUCGUAUUUAAUUGGAAGGAUAAUAAGAGGCAUGUGAAAAAAAGAAAUCAAUUAUGAAAAGACUGCUCAAUUAUCCUUUUCAGCACUGAUAGUUUCUGUAAUUGCACUUCUCUUUCUUUCGAACAGCGCGUCUUAAUGUAUUUUUCAAUCUUUUUGGCAAGACCAUGCAGAGAUUGAUCAUAAAAUAAAAUAAAAAGGAAUGAAUUUUCCUAUGAAA